GGGGGUUAAGGCUAGUCGCACAUCGCUGACAUCGGCCCCAAACUGCCCGCCCCAGAAGCCAAGAAGUAGCCGUAUCGGUCUUCAUCUCCGCUCUCCUCUUAUUCCUAUUGAGGAGCAAAGGAAAGCACCCAUGGAAUCUGACAGCUUUACGUUUCAUCGCCGGUUUGGAGCCGUACAUGUCAUCAAGCCCAGCUUGGAGCAUACGCACACUGCCGUCAUGCUACACGGUAGGGGAAGCAACGGCCCGGAACUCGCACAAGAACUCGUCGAAACAGCAGCGUCUGGUCAGCAGCCCCUCACCCAGAGGUUCCCAACUUGGAUGUGGGUGUUUCUGUCGUUCAGGAGCUCUGGAGCACUGCCUUUGAGGAGACGCUGCCUGCGUGGUUUUUUGAGGCCCAUUCGAUCACGAACACAUCAGUCAGGGAGGAUUUGCAGAUGGAUGGCAUUAGGAAGUCGAUCGCUUAUAUCCAGUCGGUCCUGAGCCCAGAAGCCGCAACACUCGGCGGUAAGAAAGAGAAGGUGGUCUUGAUGGGCAUCAGCCAGGGGGCUGCUAUUUGCCAUGUGAACGCUGCUGUGCCGGGAGAACCUUGACGGGCGGUUGGGGGCAUUCGUAGGAGCCAAUACCUGGCUACCAUCUGCAGCAAAC